AUCAACUAAUGAUCUCAGGGAAGGAAAGAAGCCAUGUCGGUUCCUUUUGUUGCUAUUCGAUCUGGGUUCUAUUCAGAUUCUGUAAAUCUGCGAGCUUCUCGGGAAUAGUGUUCAAGAGAGAAAGCCGAUGUCAUUUCGCGGAGGAUUUUCCCGGAUUUCCUCCAAGUUUCCGAGAAAACGAAGCUUCUUUUGCUACCCUUCUUUUAUCGGUCCUCAUCGGCACCUCCACGUGCCCGGACAAGAUCAUUCUCGUCCUGACUCAACACAGGAGGAGAGCUUCGGUUUCAGAGGAUCAUAUCCAUGGAGAUGUCCUGUUUUUGGUAAUUUUAGACAUCAACUCUAUCGUGAGAGCAGCUCCUUAGUUGAGGAGGAGGUUGACCCGUUCUUGCUUGUCGCUGAUGAGCUGUCUCUUCUCGGUAAUAACUUGCGAGCAAUGGUUGUUGCUGAGGUUCCGGUGCUCGCCUCUUCAGCUGAGCAUUUCUUUAAAAUGGGGGUUGAAGAAAAACGCUUUCGUCCUACGGUCUUGCUGUUGAUGGGAACUGCUCUAAAUGUAUGCUUACCAGAAGUAUCAGUUUGUGAAUCUGCAGAUAUACUGCGUGAAAGGCAACGAUGUAUAGCUGAAAUCACAGAGAUGAUACAUGUUGCUAGCCUUCUCCAUGAUGGUGUCUUGGAUGAUGCAGAAACAAGGCGCGGUGUUGGUUCAUUGAAUCUUGUAAAGGGAAACAAGCUAGCUGUAUUAGCCGGAGACUUUUUGCUCUCUCGAGCUUGUGUGGCUCUCGCUUCCUUGGAAAAUACAGAGGUCGCAUCGUUGCUUGCAAUAGUUGUGGAACAUCUUGUUACGGGUGAGACCAUGCAGAUGAGUAGCACAUCCGAGCAGCGUCUCAGUAUGGAUUACUAUAUGCAGAAGACGUAUUAUAAGACUGCAUCGUUAAUUUCACAUAGCUGCAAGGCCAUUGCCCUUCUUGCCGGGCAAACGGCAGAAGUUGCCAUGCUAGCUUUUGAGUAUGGGAAGAAUCUGGGUUUGGCAUACCAAUUGAUAGAGGAUGUCCUUGCUUUCACAGGCACAUCGACUUCUCUCCAGCAUGGGAUCAUAACAGCUCCAAUCCUCUUUGCAAUGGAAGAAUUCCCGCAACUAAUCGAAGUUGUUCAUCAGGGAUUUGACAAUCCGAACAACGUUGACAUUGCGCUUGAGUACCUCGGAAAGAGCAGGGGAAUACAAAGGACGAGAGAACUGGCUUUGGAGCACGCCAACCUUGCUGCUGUGGCUAUUAGGUCGCUACCCGAAACCGAUGAUGAAGAGGUGAAAAGGUGUAGGCGUGCACUCAUCGAUCUCACCCAUAGAGUCAUCACCCGAAAAAAGUGACCAACUCUCUCUUCAGUCAGUUUCUCUUUUUACCCGAGCUCUUUUUGCUUGCUGCUUCGACCGUUGAUAGCAAUGAUGUGGUGGGAACACUGCUUAAAAUGAGUUUCAUUAGAUUCAUUGAAGUGUGAUUCGUUUCGUUGAAUAAUUUGUUCAAGAAGUAGUUUGUUUCAUGUAGAACAUGAGUUAUGGAAGAAGGGAGAACACAGGGAAUGUUCAUCUGACUAU